UGUGAGGCCGUCAGUGGAGGUGGACGUUGCUCGGGUCUGCGCGUAGUCACUGGAUGCUGGUGUGUGUUGACUCCAGAUCCUCGCUCUCUCCUACACACAGGUGUACAGUACGCUACCUGACCACCACCACCACCACCACCACCCACCUGGUUCUCUCUGACGCCCUCUACAGGUGUGGUCAGCCUCUACACGACGCUGGUGAGACAUCCGGGCGACCCAGCCAGCCAGUGACCCGCCUCAACUCGUCCCUCUCCUCUCACUCCCUUCAGUGCCUUGGUCAGGAGCCCUCCACACCUCCUUCAUUGCCUUCCCCAGUGCCUUAGGUGUCCCUUCAAGAGCCCUAAAGUUCCUUGUUAGGGGUUUGUAAGUACCGAGAGCCCCCAAGAUGGCCUGGUUAAGCACCGAGUUUUACUUCUACAAGGGCAGCGCCCCCUGUCGCGCCGUCUGGAUGACCCUGAAGGUGUUGAAGGUGGACCACGAGGAGAAGAUCGUCGACCUCCUGAAGGCGGAGAACAAGAGGCCGUGGUUCAUCAGGAUGAACCCCCAGCACACUGUACCAACCUUCAACGACCACAGUUUCAUUCUCUGGGAGAGUCGAGCCAUCAUGAUGUACCUGAUGAACAAACAUGGUGCGGAGGAGAACCAGUACCUGUACCCAAAGGAGGCUGAAGAGAGAGCCAAGGUGGACCGUAUGAUGUUCUUCGACAUGGGCACCCUCUACCACGCCAUCAAGGAGUACUUCGGCCCAAAGAUCCACCAGGGACUUCCACCCGACCCAGACAAGGAAAACCUCCUCAAGACCAGCCUGGAUUACUUGGAUCACUUCCUGGAGAUUGGUGGUGUUCCUUACCUGUGUGGGGAGAGGAUCACCAUCGCUGACAUCGCUGUACUUGCCUCCGUCACUGAACUCGAUGCCAUGGACUACAACUACAAGUGCUAUGGUGAACUCUUCAGGUGGAGUGAGAGGGUCAAGGAGAACUUCCCCCACUACAAGGAGUGUUGCCUGGAGGGCGUGGAGAUGACCCGAGCCCGAGUCAAGCAACUGGAGGCUGACCUGAAGAAACAGAUGGAGAAAGAACGUAAAGCUUCCAUCACCAAGAAGUAAAGCGAUUGACAGUGUUGGAGGGUAAUGGUGAUGUCUUUACUCCUCCUCCCUGUUAGGAAAUAUAAAGUGGAUUUUAUCAUAGAUACUAUUUAUUAUUAAUUAAAUAGAUGAUAAACUCGAGAUAACAGGCAGAUGUAGUUAGUUAUACGACCACCAGAUUCUGUCAGAGUGAAUAUAUAUAUAUUAAUUUUCUUUCCCCUCCAAUUAUCAGAUGGAUUUUAUCAUAGACUAUUUAUUAAUUAUAUGAAAUAGUUGGUAACUCAAGAUAAUAAUUAGACAGCUGUAUGUAGUUAGAAAUUACCACCAGAAAUAGUUAUAGUUGAUCACUCCUGCCAGACUGCUGUUAGAUGGGGUGUCCAUGACUGCCAUCUGUUAAUCCAUAGGUUAUAGCACAAGGUUUACCAGCAGUAGAGAGACAUAGAUCUUAGCUCAAACCCUUCAACAGAGAGAAAAGAUAUAUUUUUUAUUAAAGAGAAUGACUGCUCGGUUCUCACUUGAGGAAGGUGUUGCACUUGUUUGUGUUAACUAUGUGGUUGGUUAGUGAAUUAAAACAGGUGUUGAAAUUAGUGUUUUGGAUUGACAAGUUAAAUAGUUAUUGAUUUUUUUUACUUUGACUCGUUAGUUCCAUGGUUACUGAAGUCUGUUUAGUAGAGGAUUUUGUCAUAACUAAUAAAUACAUAUAAUCCACAGUAGUUAAUUACAUUGUGUACUGACGUUAUAGAGGGUUUUCCAAGUGAUGAAUGCAGUCAGUUCUUAGUAGCCCAAAACAUUGUGUGGUUGCUUAGAAGUAAUGUUUGAUGUAUCGUUAAUAUAACUACAUCAGUGAGCAAUAUACUUAACUGAAUUUUGACCGUUUGUUAUUUAUACUAUGUUGUGUAAGUUAUGGACUGUGUUCUUAUUUAGGUACAGUACUUCAAUGGAUUCAGUUACAAUAUGCCCCAGUGAUGUAUGUUAAGUCUCUGGAAAUUUUCACUUCUUCAAAAAGAUGUUUUGUUGUGUUUGAACUUUUAUUCUUAUUAUUUUGUUGUUCUGGACAGACUGCACUAGUAGGUGGUAAUUUUUGUCCUUGGUAUUUUAUUGCUUAUUGUGUGGUUCUAAGUUGGAAGAAGGUUUUAUAAAGGUUUAGGUAUACGGUCAUGAUGUGUAGUAAAGGUUUCCAUAAAAAGACAACUAAAUUGGAAACGUAUCCAAUUUACUUUUUCUUAAGUUCAUAUCUUGGUUCUUGGUUGGACACAGUUUUGAUCUCGCAUUAAGAUACUAAACCUACUGUAAUAGGGUUCAUGUAAAAUCUUGCUGGCAGUAUUGCAGGAGUAUCAAAACUGAAUGCUCUCUACAACAAGGCCAAUGGAAAAGUAUUAUGUGCAUUAGAUACAUAACUGUAUUUAUCUGAUGUCCAACUUUGACAAGUCUAGGAGAGACUUCUUACCCUGACAGCCACACAAGAAUGGAACUCCCAGAAAUGUGACGACAACAGAAUCAAUCGCUUCUGUCAUAAUAGUUUUAAGAAUUGAACAAUCUAAAAGCAGGAACAAUAUACUGUAUCUUGAUGUAUAGCAUCGUACCAUCUUGUUUGCUGAUUGGUUGUCAAGGAAGGAAGUCUUAUCCAAGUCUGUUUUCAUAAUGGAAGAUUUCAUUAGAGGUUGUAUAUGAGUGUGGCUUACCCUAUUUGCCAUUGCCAUAGGCUAGGCUGUCUCUCCUAAUGAUGCUGUCAUUCAUGUACUGGUGACUUGUUGUGUUAUAACGACAGUCACCCAUAUAUGAGUGUAGUAGUGACUCGUCAUAUCUUAAUGACAGUCGCUCACAUAUGCUUGUACUGGCAAAUUGUCACGUCUUACUUAAUGGCGCAAUAACUUAAUUAGGCCUGCACUGGUGACUCUGUCAUCGUACUCAGUGAUGCAGUCACCCACAUACACCUGUACUGGUGAUUCAUGUCUCAUUUAAUGGUGGUCACCCAUAUAAGCCUGUAGUGGUGACUCAUCAUUCUGUCUCAGUAUUAAUGUUGCUUCUGUUCACGUCAUCAUCAGCGCCACAUACUUGUGUCUUUCAGUGGUCCUUGUAGGGAAGGAGAAGAUGUUCUGUGUUAAAGUGUACGCAAUAUGUACAGUACUUACGUCUCUGAAUCUGAAUCCACUACAUUAGUAUCCAUUUAUCUGAUACGUUAAUGGUAUCAUUGUUUUAUUACCGGACUCCAACAGAAUCCAGAAUAAUUUUAUCAGAAAAAUUACUGAAAAAUUAUCUUCAGUGUUUUGUGACUUGGAUUUUGGAAUGAUUACUUGAGGAAUGUUUAUUGUUUGUUUUGUAUCAUUACGUUAUCACUUGUUUCAGAUAGCAACACAAAAGACCCUAAACCAUAACAGAUUAUGUAGAGCUUUGCAAACGUUUCUGGAUUGCUUAAACAGUUCAAAAUCUUCCUGAAAAGAGCGACUCAUAUUAUUGACAGAACCACUUUAAAAUAUCUCUCUUUAAAAACAUUUCUAAAACUUGCAAAUUCUUGAGAUUGAGAGAACAUUUUUCCUCUCCUGCAAGAUGCUGUAAGACUUUAUAUAUUCACAGCGAUGAUUUCUCGACAAUAUUUAUCCGAGAAUUUGGCAAGUUCUCACACGUCUUAGGACAAAUAUAACGCAAAAGAAUUCUCAUCUGUGUAGCAAGUUUGCAGAUGGAAGCAAUUUGUCCGCUCUAUGUAAUUUGGUGGUUUUCAAAAGCGCUUGAUUUUAUAUAAGUAACUUGGCUCUCUGGCACAGGGUCACUCUUCACUACUCUCAAGUCGACCUUUGUGUUUAUAUGUGACCUAAAUCUCAUGAAAAACUGAGAUCUCUUAUACAGUAAACUUACAUAGUGCUUCAGAUGCUAAUUCUAAGUAGUCAUAUAUAUUAGAUAAAGGUUUUCAUUCCUGUGUCAAGUAUAGGUAUAUUUAAGUGAAAAAAAAUUCUGUAAAUGUCCGCUUAACACCAAACAGUGCAGGAAUGGCGAGUAUAUAUGAUUACAGUACUGUGCCUUAAACCAAUUAUGAUUACCUAUGGGUGGUAAUUUUUGUUUCCUCUCAUAAUAAAGAUACUGUAAUUGGAACUAAACUCUUUGUGACAUAAUAUUCAUAGAUUAAUUAUGUUGAUUUGAGCGAUAUACUGUAUUGAGUGGGGCCUGUGUCUGGACUGAUCAUUGUAGUUCUGUUGGUGACAUUUUGAAGCUUUCUGUCAACAGUGUGAAAUAAAAGUGUUAUUCCAUA